GCAUGUUACGCCAUCUUGUGUCGGACACAUUAGGUGUUGCACACAUCGGAAAUAAACGAUGCAGCAUGGUUCACGAGCACCUGGAGUUUAGUAGAGAGCAGAUUUAUCAGUGACGGAGCUGCGAUGGUCCAGCGUGGCUGAGGACUGACACCACCGAGAGCAACACACACUUAGAAACAAUCCUCAAGAAUUCUCCAUGAUGUCGAAGGUGAAGCCGAAGAAAAAAGAGUCUGCAGCCAAAGCAAAACAGCCUGUGUCGAAAAAUGAAAACAGCAACGCGAGGAAGAAAAAUAAAUUCUGGUUUGAGGCGAAGGUAAAAACGAGGAAGCCUCGUCCAAGCGACCAAGUGUUUCCUCCAACAGAUGCCCAGCACUUCUCCGCCAACUGGAAAGCUUUGCAGGAGAAGUUAAAAUCCACUCCGCCGGAGCAGAAACCGCCAGUGACACCGAAGCAUCAGAAUGGAGCUCUGCCAAAAAAGAAGGCGAAAGAGAACUCUGCUAAAGAUAUUUCCAAGACCAAUAACACCGGUCCAGGGCAGAGGGAUGCUGGGAAAAAAGGGACACACAAAAGCACGUCUCAAAGUGUUGUCGUCAAGGACAAGUUGAAGGUUCCUGAUGUCUCGCAGACAACACAGUCUACUGCCCCAAAAAGGAAAGGAGACUUUGGAAAGUCAAGCAGCGAGCACGCAGCCAAGAGAAAGAAGCCUGUGGUCGAAGAGACGAAACUUACAGAAGACGACCUGUGGUUCGACGACGUGGACCCCGACGACAUUGAGGCGACAGUGGGAGCCGAGGCAGCGGAGAUCAUGAGGAAGAAGCAGGGCAUCAGGCCGUCGAAGGACCCAGAGAGCGCCCUGGUCAAGGAGAAAGCCUUUGAGGGCCUCACCAGAGCUGUGGCUAUUGAUUGUGAGAUGGUGGGAGUGGGUCCGAACGGAGAGGACAGCAUCUUGGCGCGCGUGUCCCUCGUGAACCACUUUGGGAAAUGCAUCUAUGACAAAUACGUAAAACCCACCGAGAAGGUGACGGACUACAGGACAGCCGUCAGUGGCAUCCGACCACAGGACAUCAAAAAUGGAGAGGAUGUGCGCGCUGUGCAGAGGGAGGUAGCUGAGAUCCUACAGGGCAGAAUCGUGGUUGGACACGCCAUACACAAUGACUUAAAGAUUUUACUCUUGGAUCAUCCAAAAAAGAAAAUUCGGGACACUCAGAAGUAUAAACCUUUCAAGAAGGUAGUCAAGACUGGACGACCCUCGCUGAAAGUUCUUUGUAGAGAAAUACUCAACGUGAAGGUGCAGCAGGGUGAACAUUCAUCUGUCCAAGACGCACAGGCCACCAUGAGGCUGUACACGAUGGUGAGAAAACAGUGGGAAGCUGAGAUUAAAGCCAAUCUCAAGAACAAACACUCGGACAAGAAAUGUGAGAGAAAACCCAGGACCCCUAAGAACAAAGGCAAGAAGCCCAUGGGCUUAUGAACUGAGAGCCAAUCUUACCACAAUCAAACCAUUCAGAAUGCAGAAUAAAUGUGCGACUCAGCCUGAGACCUUGAGUUCCAUAAUGUUAAGGACUCGAGUGUUUCACCAAGACUUCAGCAAACUCAGAGCUGUUGUGUUUCUAAUAUCUGUGACAGGUCGGAGCUUUUAUCAACACUCAACCUGCCAGACAUCCUCUCCCAGUUUUACUCCCAGCAGCUAGAGGCUGGAGUUCCAGUUCUCUCUGAAGAGUUUAAAAUCAUGUUUCCACUGCCACAUAAUUAAUAGUUCAUAUUGCGUUGUGGUCUGAGAGUCCCGGUGGGUGUAUCAGUAUCAGUAUCCCCCUGCGCCCCUCAGAGGAUAAGUGGUAUAGAUGCCGAAUGGACGGGCCCCGGUCUGUUAUGAAUUGUUUAGAUGUUCGGUUUGUGAUUUGAUUCCUCGUUGCCUCAAAAAUUGUAUGUUUGGAAAAGUGUGACUGAAACACAAGACUUCUUUCUCUGUCGCUUUAUUGCAUUUUGUGUUUUAUAAAUCAAAUUAUCGACA